CCAAAAUUUCUAGAGCAUUAAAGUGAGUUAGGGACUUGUUUGAGAAACAAAUAUUGUUUUGGGCUUAAUAGCCAAAGUUUGAAAGUUGAGGGGGCUUAAAAGAGUAAAGAUAUUGGAUAAGGAUCAGCCUUUUUCUUUUCUUUUUCUUCUUUCUUUUCUUCCCCAGCCAUUUCCCGAUUCUGCUCUUCUUCUUUCCGCUGCAGCUCCCGAAAUCCCCCCCCCAAGCUGCCGGCAACAAGUUUUUGAGGAAAACCGGUAAAAGCUUAGAUUUUUCCCUUCUUUUCUUGUCCAAGAACCUGAUUUAGAACCCAGAAAUCUUCCCCCCUGCAGGAAGCUCCCGGAUCUGCUCUCCUCUUCCUCCCCUGUCCGCCGGCUGCUCUUGCUUUGUGGGGGUGAUUUGCUCCGGUUUUGGUCCGUGAGUCCCCUGCAGAAAUUGCCGCCGGCCUUUCCCCAAUUUCCCGCCGGCUUCUCCCCCUGCUAGGCCCGGUUCUGCUAGCUGCAAAUUCUGGUUCCCGAUCGUUCUGUCUGUUAGCACCGUGAAUCGAGCCUUUGGUUUUAAGCGAGUGAGGUAAGUAAAUUAUGGUAAAGCCCUUCGAUUGUAAAGCAUGUUUUAAAUUGUUUUUGCGAUGGUGGCAAGGUUUAAAUUGAUUUUAAAGUGAUUUUAUCAGCAUUUGAAUGUGAUUAAACUGAAAUGGAAAUUGUGAUGGUUUUUAUGAGAAUUUCAUUGUUUUUUGGAAUUGAGCAUGAUUGGAAUGAAAUUGUUUUCGUUGCAUUGAGUAGAGCAUGCCUAUUUGGAAAUUGACUGAACUGUUUUGAUGAACUGAGAGUUUUUGUAAAUUCUGAGUUUUCUGUUAAAUCCAUGCUCACAUGGAGAUUUUCCGAUUGUUUCUGAAAUUGGAGAUUGAUUGUCCUGAUGAUCUGAAAGUAAUUGGUGAAUUGUGUUUUUCUGCUAACUUCAGCCUGUUUUGUCUCCGAUGUGGUCGUGUUAUUACUGACCCUGCUAGCGGGGGUUAAACGCUAGCACAUGUCGACAUGUUAUUGAUAGGACCGUGGGGGUUAAACACCAGCAAAUACUGUAGCCUGCCAGUGGGAGGUUUAAACACUGGCCAUGACCUAUUGAGGAGACAUCUAUUUCGUGCCCGUACUGUAUCGGUUUUCAUGAUUACACUUGUUGGCAUGCUAUGAGUUUAAUUAACGGUUUGUCAUGAAACGUUUUGUUAUUGAAUUGAAUCUGAUUUUGCAUUGACGGUUUGUCAUUGAAUGUUUUGCAACUGAACUGAAUCUGAUUUUGUCAUUGAACGUCUUGUUAUGUUAAACUGUUUAUCUGGCAUGCUAAAGUUUUUACCGAGGGCUAUCCAUAUUUACUUACUGAGUUUAUCUCAUAGUUUUUCCUUGUCCACCAUUUCAGGAAGCGAAACCGAGGACGGGGAAACCAAGGGGAGUGACGAGUUAGAAGGCUAGCCAUCUUGAAAUUUGAAUAUGGAUCUUAGAUAUAAAUGAUGAUAUUGUAAGCUAGAUUGUGAUUGGAGAUUUUAUAACUGUAUUUAAUGGAUUGUUAGUUUACAAGAGAUUUGAUCUGGAGAUUUUGAGGUUAAGUCAUGUGGACAUAGAAAAGAAAUUUUGAAAUAUCUGAUCUGAGUUAUGGGAUUGUCAGAUGUGAUUUGGAUAAGUUCCGAGCCUUGUGCGCUUGUGGGACCCGUCUCACGAGUGCACGGCGUUUGUCGCGCCUCGAAUUCGGGUUUUGGGGCGUGACAGAUAAAGUGGUAUCAGAGCUUAGGUUUGAUUAAGAUUUCGUGAUGUGAGAGCCUAGGUUUAAUUGAAUACCUAGGAUUUGUUUUGGACUUGGCUAGCCAGUGGAUUUUAGAAUCGUGGUGAGAUAAGUGAUGGGGUUAUAUAAGGGACGAUUCUGAUUCAUGUUGCCUGAAUUUUCUCAUCCAUUUCGAUGAGAUGGUGAUCUGAUUGUUCUUGUUUCUUGCCUUCAUACUUUGUGUGAAGUUGUGAAAGUAAUCUUGCCCGUUAUGUCCUGAAGACCUUGUUUUGAAACUUGGUCAUUUUCUGAUAGUCCGCACUUGUUUAGACUUGUUUCGUGAAUGGAAUUUUUGUGUGCUCUUUUGCCACAAUUUUGAAAUCUGGGGAGUUGCAGAGAUCUUUUGUGAUUGAUCCUGUUAGUCUCUACAGCAUAGCUGGUGGAGAAUUUGUCUUGUUUGUCACAUGACCAGUGGAAAGAUGGGCAACCCUCUACUUUGUAAGAGAUUCCAGGCUAUUUUAGCAAAUGUUGUGUGUUUUCUAGAUGCGUUUUAGGAGCUGGAUAACUUGGUUUGCCUGUGUAAUGAACUUACAUGUGAAGCGACAAUGAUCCAUUAAGAAAUUUCGUGCUUUUUGAUUGAAAUCCUUAUGGGAUUUGAGUCUAUAUAUUAUACGUGCCUAUGUCAUGCCAAUGUCUAGGCUGUGGUUGAUGCCACUUAGUUUCUGUACAUAUCCAAAUGCUCUUGCAGGAAAGGAAAUGGUUUUUCACACAUGGGUGAAAAUUUUCCUGCUAAAUAGCCUACCAGAUAUCUUUGUUUAAACUUGCUCCUAUUCCUGAAAAAAUUGUCUGAAAAUUUGUUAUUACUCAAGUUUUGGAUUCUGCACUUGUUUUUGUUUCUUGAGUAUCGAUGUCCAAAUAUAAAUUAUGCCUGGUG